CAUUUACAAACCCAAUUCACAACAAAAGAGGUCGCUCCAAAGUCGAUCCAGCAAACUCCAAACUCGCCCAAAAUGCGAUCAAGGCGGAUGCUCGCUCAGCUGCCACUGCUGCUCCCUCUGCUGACCGUGCUCGUGGCCUGCGUGUCGCCAUCCAAUGGAGAUGCACUACUCGACGCUGCAUCAUCAUCUGCGCCAGUGUGCCCCGCAGCGUGGAACGGCACUGCGCUCGUGCCAUGGAACGUGGGCAUCAUCCUCUCGCUGACCGCUUCAUCAGAUGAUAUUGCUGCUGAUAGUCGUGAAGCGCUCUAUGGCACACUUGCGGCGUAUACACAACACAUCCAAGCAUUGAGGGACCUGGGCGUGGAUUUGCAAAUUCAAGUGAUGGAUGAUCAGGCAACGACCGUCACCGCGCUCCUGGCAGCGCGCUCCAUGAUUUACCACACACCCCUGGUCGCAAUUGUCGGUCCCAGCUCGAGUUCUGUCGCCAUCCCUCUGGACGGUGUCACCUCCACACUUGCCGUGCCGAGCAUCUCCUCGAUGGUCUCGGAUACAGAGUUGACAGACGCAGAAACCUACCCGUAUUUUGUGCGCAGUAUCGUCACUGACCAGCUCCAGGUGGAUGCCAUGAUGCGCGUGUUCUCGCUGCUGGGCUGGUCCCACCUUGGCAUUGUCUCGUCCUCGGAUCUUUACGGUAUCGACUUGAGGUCGAUUGUUGCCACGGCAGCCGGCUUCGACACUGAUGUCUUGUGCGAUGUCGUGAUCGACACUACCCUCAUCGCGCGCUACCAGGCCAACAGCUCUGAUCUUGUCGCCACCAACGGGUUGAGGGACACCUGCCAGCAGAUCGCCGACAGCGGUGCUCGCGUCAUUGCGUAUUGCGGAACGAUCAGCGUGCUCGAGACCCUGGUGCAUGUGUGCUCAAACCAGACCUGGCAGCUGGAAAGCACCUUCCUCAUCUUUGACGCAGCCGUGGCCGCCAUCGAAGUAUCCAACACGACUGAUCUUGAUCCAGGCGUCGUUCACACCUUGGACGGGUUUAUUGGGGCGCAGGCAUACUUUGCCGUCACCCAGGACUUGCUCAAUAACUUGACGGCGCUCAAGUCCUGCUUCAACUCCUCCGCUCCGUACUAUCCAUUCGUUAAGGACGUGUCGCCCACAGAAACCUCCGGACUGGGCGGCUAUCUUGCAGGGGAGUUUUUGAUGCAGGCGCUCGAGCGAACGGCCGUCGCGCUCAUCUCGAACAACAAAAACCUCUCUUGCUUGACGACUCUUGUACGCACGCCAUGGGAUUGUGCCAUCCAGCGCCAAGUGCUUGUCAGCACGUGCGAGUUUCCCGAUUGUCACGACCGACUCAAAAUUGGCGUCAUUCUCAACAGCAUUCCGAACGUUCCGUGCACGGACAGCAUCCAGUCCGUUCUUGCGACCUGCCCACACAUGAUGCCGAGCAUUGGAUGCGCCGCGUCCGAUGACUACACUCGCGUACUGUGCAACUCGACUGGAAUGAGCUGCGUGCCAGUUUCGCAGACCACCGUUUACUUUGCUGGAAACGUCUGCCCCGACCACAAGGACGACAGCUGCACCUUCACGCCACCCGAUGUGUGUGUCAACUCGACCUCGUCGGGGCAUGUGUGCUCGUACGAUUUGCAGUUGUGCAAUCACAACGUGACAGCGUGCGUCUAUAACAAGGACGCAGACCAGAGCAGCUGCACCAUGACAAUCACCAACUGCACGAGCGGAUCUGCCCACUCCAACACGACCAUUUGCAAAAUCUUCCCCCGCGACCUGCUCAUGUCGUACUUUUACGAUGCAAGCGUCGUCCAGUCAACCAGGAUUUCAUAUGCUCUCGGUCCCGAUGGCGAGCUGGAAGGCAACUCCCUAGUCAUUGUGACUGGGAACGCCACAAACGGCUACUCCCAGCUCGACCUGAUUGCACAGUCUUUUGUGACCAGUGCGUCCGCCAUCGUGUUUAAAGAAUGCCAACCGGGCACCAUCAACUGCAUCAAUCCCGCUUGGCUGACUCUGAAAGAUGGCGCCAGCGACCGCAACUCGCAGACCUUGCUCAACGUCAGCCUGCCUUCCCAAGUCGCGUUCAUGAGCGUGGCGGUGCUGGCCAUCUUGGUUCUUGGCUAUGGCGCUGGCAAGGUGUUUUGGUAUGGUGGCCUGUCCACAUUCCGUCGCGCCACCCUGUUUGAGGACCAGACACUCUGGGCGACUUCCCAUUUUCUGCUCAUCAUGCUGCUUGGCUUGGCUGCGGUGGCGGCCCAGCCUUUCGGCAGCAGUCGGCCUCCAACCGACACCAUUUGCGUCGUCAACUUUCGUUUGUCCCAUUUUGGCUGCGCGCUCGGGAUUGGUGCCAUCAUCAGUAUUCUGAUUCGCUACUGGGACGUGCAUCGAGCCACUCCCUUCCGAGUACCAUUCUUCCCAAAAUUGCCCGUGCACUGGACGCCACUGAUUGGGCUGACAAUUCUGGAGAUUGUCGUCGGUAUUUCAUUUUACUUUGGCGGCUCUGGCACUUUUCUCUCGCAAAAGACCCUGGCCGAGGGUGUGGCCAACAGUCUUCAGGCUGUUGUGGUGUGCGACAAUUACCGCAGCGUGUGGCAUGUUGUCCUGCUUGCGGUCGAGUUUCUCGCCUCAUUCGUGGCGGCGAUCGUGGGCUACAGCACUCGCAGCCGAUGCGACCCAUGGGAGCAGCAAGACAUUCGCCGCUUGGUUGUGGUGAUGGGCCUGUACUGGGUGGGCCAGAUUGUGCUGGUGAAUUUGCAUUUCUUUGUCGUCAGUCCGCCGGACGUCUCGUUUGCGACCGAAGCCGGUCUGGUCUGCUUGCCCGCCUUCGUCGCCGUGCCGGUGUUGAUCAUUGCCCGCGAGUACGAGCACAUCCGCCGCAUCAAGCUGACCGAUCGGGCGACAUCCAACAUGGAAGACUCGAGCAUCGAGCCGCUCCUGGACCCCACCGCCACCGCGCAAGACUCCAUCACCUUUGAGCAGAGCGAGAAGCUUCUUGAGAUGUUGGAUGCCAUUUUCGAGCCCAACGCAGCUCCGCUGGCGACGCAGUAUACUUCCUGGGACAAGCUGCACAAUCGAGCGCUCGGCAUCGUCCAGCGCCGCUUGCGCUCUGCCCGCGGCCCCAAGCAAUGA